GCACUUUUAAACCUGGACGCCCAACUCCCUCACUUCAGCUUCAGUGUCACCACCCUGCUCUGCCACUCACCCCCCCAUAAACUCCAAAACUCUCCCUCUGUAACUGUUAACUCCAUCAAAACCCUAACUUUCUCUCUCUACACAAUGCCUUUGACCUCCUUUAAACUCUUCACCUCCACCUCCCUCUUCACUUUCCCUUCUAAACCGCCGCCGCCUAUUGUCUCCUUCCUCCUCUUUCUUAUCCUCUGCAUUCUGGGUUUUUAUUCCCUGCAUCACCCCCAGCGUUCUUACUCUACACCCCUCUCUGAAAAUCCCAUUAAGUUUCUCUCUUUGGCCUCAAACUGCACCCUCUCAGACUAUCUCCGUUCCCUCACUUCACACUCUCACCUCGCCGGCACUAAGCCCUCUUUGGAUACAAUACAAUAUGUCUUUUCACACUUUGAACAAUUUGGUCUUGAAGCUCACACUGUCAAGUAUAAUACCCUUUUGUCUUAUCCUCAACAUGUUUCUCUCCUGGCGCAUUUUAGCGACGGGGGUGUUGUUAACUUCUCGUUAACUGAAAAGGGUGUGGCUCAGAAUGCGUUAUUUGACAUUGUGCAGCCGUAUCAUGCGUAUUCGCCAUCUGGGUCGGCGUACGGUAAGGUGGUGUUUGUGAAUUACGGGAGGGAGGAGGACUAUCGUGCGCUGGAGGUGAUGGGGGUGAAUGUUAGUGGGUGUCUGGUGAUGGCAAGGAAAGGGGAGAGCUUGUCAAGAGGUGGUGUAAUAACAAUAGCCGAGGGUAAAGGCGCGUUGGGAGUGCUAUUGUACGCCGAGAGGGAUGGUGUUGAUGGGGUGGAGAGAGGGACAGUGAUGAGAGGAGUGGGGGACCCACUAAGUCCAGGGUGGGCUGGGGUUGAAGGUGGGGAGAGCUUAGACUUGAAAGACAAUGAGGUUUUGAAGAGGUUUCCUAAAAUUCCAUCUUUGCCCUUGUCUUUUGAGAAUGCUCAAACCAUUUUGGAGUCUCUUGCUGGUGGGUUUAUGCCUCAGUCUUGGGGUGAUUUGGGUCGGGUUAAUGGUGGGAGGGUCGGCCCAGGACCUACUUUGGUGAAUUUGACUUACCAGGGGGAAGAAAAGGUGGCAACAAUUCAGAAUAUUUUUGCUGUUAUAAGAGGGCUAGAAGAGCCUGAUCGCUAUGUGCUCCUUGGCAACCAUAGAGAUGCAUGGACAUAUGGGGCUGUUGACCCAAACAGCGGUACAGCAGCCCUACUUGACAUUGCCCGACGAUAUGCUAUGUUGAUGCGCAAAGGGUGGAGCCCUCGAAGAACAAUUAUUCUCUGCAGCUGGGAUGCCGAAGAAUUUGGGAUGGUUGGAUCCACCGAGUGGGUUGAACAGAACCUUGUCAAUUUGGGUGCCAAAGUGGUGGCCUAUCUUAAUGUAGAUUGUGCGGUUCAAGGGCCCGGAUUCUUUGCUGGAGCAACUCCUCAGCUAGAUAAUCUUCUAAUUGAGGUGACAAAGAACGUCAAAGAUCCUGAUUCAGAUGGUGUGACUGUAUAUGAUCAGUGGGCAGCUACAAACAGUGUUGUCAAUGUAAGGGUUUAA